CUAGGCCGGGCUCGGGGGGGGGGGGCUCGGCAGGCCGGGACCUGCCCCGCCGGGCUGUUCCAGGAGCCGUGAAGCAACAGGAGGGCUGGCUGGGAGCCAUGGCCGAGUGCACGGAGCUGGAAUGGGCCGUGCAGGUGCUGGUGAACAACUUCGACAAGUACUCGAGCCGCUGCUGCUGCUGCAAGAACCCGCGGCGUAUCAGCAAGAAGGAUUUUCGGAAGAUGCUGAGCCGCGAGCUCAACCACAUGCUGACGGACACCGGGAACCGCCGCGCCGCCGACAAGCUGAUCUGCGACCUGGAUGAGAACAAGGACGGGCGCAUCAGCUUCGAGGAGUACUGGACCUUGAUAGGCGGCAUCGCCAGCCCCAUUGCGCAGAUCAUCCGCCAGCAGGAGCAGAGUGUCAAACACACCAAGUAGCCGCUGCUGGACCCUGCCGGACCCACCCCCGCUCCUCCACGACCCCCGCUUUGUGUCCGCCCCGAGCCUCCGGGAUCCCCCCCCGCGUUUCUACGAGCGGGAUGCGGCUGGGACGGGCAGGCCCCGGGGGUGGGAUUUGGGGUGCGAGGCCGUCGCAGCCUCGGGGGGCUCCUCCUUCUUGCCGUGCCCCCCUCCUCUUCCACAGGGAGCGGAGGGAGAGGCUCUCCCUGCUCUGGGACGGGAAUUCUGUCUGUCCUCAGCCCUCCGCUGGCAGAAAUCCCAUCACGAGCAGCACCUCCUCUGCCCUUGGGGCUCCCCCCCAAACUGGGGGGGGGGGGGUCUCCUUGGGCAAAGGGUGCUUUUUCCCCCCUUCCCGAGCUGGUGAAGGCGCUGCCGUGCCCGGGGCUCAGGGAGCGGCGCGGUCCCGGCCGGGUGCCACCACCGUGGUUAUUUAUUGCAGCAAUAAAGUUCGGAGGAACA